CAUGGGCCCGGGCCCGAGUGAGCGCCUGAUCGGGGCGCAGCGGCUGCUCUGGCUACUACUAUGCUGCUCGUGCCGGCCAGCACGGCGGCGCCCUCGGAGCUGCUCUACCAGCUCGACAAGUACUGCGGCGAGAAGGUGCAGCUGCGCAACGCCCAGAUACAGAAGACGGUGCGCGAGGUCUGCCGCGUCGUCCAGGACGUGCUGAAGGAGGUCGAGCUGCAGGAGCCGCGCUUCGUGUCCUCCCUCACCGAGUGCAACGGCCGCUUCGACGGCCUCGACGUGCACUCCCCUACCGAGUUCGAGGUGGCGCUCUACCUCAACCAGAUGGGCGUCUUCAACUUCGUGGACGACGGCACGCUGCCCGGCUGCGCCGUUUUGAAGCUCAGCGACGGCCGCAAGCGCUCCAUGUCCCUCUGGGUCGAGUUCAUCACCGCCUCGGGCUACCUGUCCGCGCGCAAGAUCCGUGCGCGAUUUCAGAGCCUCGUGGCUCAGGCCAUCGACAAGAGCGCCUACCGCGGCAGCGUCCAGCUGCUGGCCGACUCGAGCGAGGUCCGCCUCAAGGUGCGCGAGCGCUACGUCGUCCAGGUGACCCCGGCCUUCCGCUGCUCGGGUGUCUGGCCGCGCUCGGCCGCCCACUGGCCGGGUGCCGGGGCGCCUUGGCCCUCGCCGAGUCUCGCCGCCGAGGUGCGAGCCGAAGGAUUCGACCUGCUGUCCAAGGAGUGCGUCGCCGUCCAGGCCAAGCCCUCGGCUACCGAUGGCGACGCUUGGGCUCUGAGCUUCGUCGAGGCCGAGGCUCGUCUCCUAUCCAACGGCUGUCGACGUCGUUGCCUCGACAUUCUGCGCACUCUGAGGGACAGGCACCUCGACUUGCCUGGAAAUCCAGUGACCGGCUACCACAUGAAGACGUUGUUGCUGUACGAGUGCGAGAAGCACCCGGCCGAGACCGACUGGCACGACUCCUGCCUCGGCGACCGAAUCAACGGCAUAUUUUUGCAGCUCAUCUCGUGCCUGCAGUGCCGGAGAUGUCCGCAUUACUUCUUGCCGAACCUCGACCUUUUCCGGGGCAAGUCGCCCAGUGCCCUCGAGAACGCGGCUCGUCAGGUGUGGCGACUCACUCGAGAACUCCUCAUGAACAUUCGUGCGCUCGAGAAGCUUUAACUCACUGUUUGGUGCUUCGAGACUGCAACUUUUUUUGUCGGGACUAUGGUGCAAACAUUUUAUUCAAGUCUGUUGUGUCGACGAUUCGAUGCGAACCUUACGAUUAAGACAAAUCAUUUUAGUCACUCGCGUGCGUGAACGAUUCGAUAUGAUUUCUACG